AAGCUAUGCAAAACCACAUGUACGGUAGCCAUUGUAGGCGUUUUUCCGACUUCUUUACAGCUUGCUCUCCACUAUUUACAUUACAAUCAAACCUAAUUGUGUUGCUACUGUAAUACCUUUGAUCUGUAAUGUUUAAACCGACUGCGCCAAAUGCUGUCUGUUGGGCCAGUGGCGCCAGUGUUCACCGGGGUAUCGAAGAGGUGUUAAUGCUAAACCUUUAGAGCAGUAUUUUACUUGCCUUUGCUUUACAUUUGAUUUUAGUAUCAUGGAAGGGGCUGAUAUUUAGAAAGGAAUGAUGUAAAUGAUCAGACUGCAGGCUGAGCAAUGUUGGUGGUUAUAUUGCAUAUUGUGUAAAAUCAUUUAAAUAAUUUAUUUCAGAGUGGUCAACUAUAAAGGAUUAUAAAAUAGCAUUCCAUUCCCAUAAAAUCCUAGAGGCCACAGUGAUUGACUGAAAUGUAUGUGUACGAUCUAGGACCGGAAGAAAACGUUUCAAUCAGGUGGGGGCAGAGCUCCACCACUUUUGGUUUAGUUGAAUAAAAGAUAUUGAUGCAAAAGCGUUAAAGGGAGGGGCAAAGUGCUGUUUUUAGACCGAUUAGCCUCAUGAUUUGUCAACUCGUGCACAAAUUCUCUGUCAAUCAUUUUGGAUUUAAAAGGUCUAGGUAUCCUAGUCAGCCCAAGUUUAAUCAAUAAUCACAAUAGACUGUGAGUUAUUAGGCCUACAUAACGCAAACAUGCACGAAGCAGUUAUAUUGUCCAAUCCUGUUGCUGUCUCUGUGUAGGCUAGAGGAAACCCCCCCCUGUUAGUCUAGCUUUAAAAUAUAAUGAAUAUGAACAAGUACAAGGUUGCUGCAGUUUGACAGAGUUUCAUCCUCCCCAAGGCCAGGAGUUUUGCCAAUACUUUUUUUUAACCAUGUGACCUGAUUAGAAAAACUCUGGUCCCAUCAUAGCCCAUAAAAAAACUUUUUACAACUGAUUAAUCACGUAAUACUGUAGAAGGUCUGGAGUUUUACCUGUUUAGGUUACCAGAUCAGGAUAAACUACUGGCCCCAGGAACAAAGAUCACCCCAGCACUCUGGAACCUGUGGUGUCACCUCUGGGAUCACAAGGUACAGAUAUAGACACAAUUGUCUUCUCACUAACUUGUGUUGCAGCAUGGUGUUACAAGUUUAGUCAUAUUGAGGUUAUAUUUUUAUUAGGUCUAGGCCUAUGGCAAAUCCUGUUAUCUUGAUUAGAUAGUGUUUUUAAUUGGUCUGCUGAUCUAUUCGUUCUGGAAUACAACUUAAACAUCAAGUUCUUCUUUUUAUUAAAUACACACAUUGUAGGCGUUUAUGUGUCAACAUAUAAUUCCUUUGAACUAUGAUGCAGAGGAUGACUCUCCGCCUCUGUAUGUGAUGUUUCGGUAUAGUUUCAGCUGAGGCAGACAAAUGCAUGAGCUAAACUGGUUCUCACAGACUUGGUGGCGCCAGGCUUUCACACAAUCACAGGACAUGUAAAGGCUUCAACAACGAGGCAUUAGGCCCCAAUCACUGGGAAUCGAUCAGGCGUUAACACGCCUUUGCAGAUGCAAAUUUUGAAGUGGGUCGGGACUUUAUAGGGAGGGCCCUCAACAGGUCUUGUCACAACAUUCUCUGACCCGCCAUAGAUAGUUUGCUGACCAACACAGAGCUCCUAGAAGCAAACAUGGUCAAGGUCUUCUCUGUAGACUGGCUCGCACAGAGCAACCACAACACCAACCCGAAAGGAUCUGUGGAUAUUAUGCCAACCUACUUCAGAUCCCAUGUUCCUUGCGUGGUCCAGCCUCGACCGCCAACAUUUUUUAACAAGGUCUACCUCCAAACAAAACCAAAGACCACAAGGAUUGAACUCAGGGAUUCCACUGAAGAACCCCAAAAUCUAGAAUCCAGGUUGAGCUCACCUCUGCAUCCAACAACAUGCUCUUCCCCAAGUCUUUCAGAAAACGGGUACACCUCAGGGUAUGACAGUGAGGCUGCCUCCUCGGAAUGUCCCUCUGUGGAAGAGGGAGAGAGAGACGGAGGCCAACGACGCGUGCGUACUAGGUUCACACCGGAGCAGAUAGAAAAGCUGGAGAAGAUUUUCAACAAACACAAAUAUCCAGAUGCUGGAGAAAGAGUCAAAACGGCACUGAAGUUGAACCUCUCUGAAACUCAGGUGAGAACUUGGUUUCAGAACAGGAGGAUGAAACUGAAAAGGGAGCUCCUAGACUUGCGCGCAGAGUACCCAGUUCAGUCUCAGAUGAUGUUCCAGCCCAUGCGACCAUUUCAGUACCACAGCUUCGGUGACCAGCAACUCUCCCCCGCUGCAAACCACGUGAUAUACCAGCCCAUGGUGGAACAGAUGGUUUCUCAUCAACACCCUUACGCACAUUUCUAUUAAGGACAUUAAGCUACAGACUGAACUUUCCACAAAAUCAGUGAAUUUUUUUAUAUUUCUUAUAAAGAUGUACAGAUGUUAAAAGUAUAUUUAUCAUUCAAUAAAGUCUAUCUUAUAUCACAA